GACCGACCGCCGAGAAGAGAGUCAGCUUUGGGAGAUUUUCUUCUCCGUUCGAAGCUUUCACUCCUGAGUCUUCCUUCGAGUUCGAUUCUUCUCACUCAUCUUCGUCGCUGCUGCUUCGUUCAAGGGGAUCGAUUCCUUUCCCUCUUUUUUGUUUCCCCUUGGGUGGGUUCUUUUCGGUGGAGGGAUUUUGAUGGGCGAACCAGCGAAUGUGAUGAUGGCAAGCCGAGAAAGAGAUCGUGAGCUUCUGAUUCCGGUUCAUUAUUCCGGUGAAAUUGACGACGGUGCUACGGCGAAGCCCUCGUCUUCUUGUCCCUCUUCACAUCACGCUGGUCACGAGACCUUCUACAAGUUAAUCAGAAGCUGGGCGUCGAAGAAGUUCAUGACUGGAUGUGUUAUCCUGCUUCCGAUGGCAAUCACUUUCUAUGUGACUUGGUGGUUUAUUCAUUUCGUGGAUGGAUUUUUCUCUCCGAUAUAUGCUCAACUAGGAAUUAAUGUUUUCGGUCUUGGCUUUAUCACGUCCAUUACGUUCAUCUUCUUGGUUGGGGUGUUCAUGUCUUCGUGGCUGGGGACAUCGGUUCUAAGCCUGGGAGAAUGGUUUAUCAAACGGAUGCCAUUUGUUCGCCAUAUCUACAAUGCCUCCAAGCAAAUCAGUACUGCCAUAUCACCAGAUCAAAAUAACCAGGCCUUCAAGGAAGUGGCUAUCAUUAGGCAUCCACGUAUUGGUGAAUACGCUAUUGGGUUCAUCACAUCUACUGUUGUUCUUCAGAAUUACGCAGGGGAGGAGGAACUCUGUUGUGUAUAUGUUCCCACAAACCACCUCUACAUCGGAGAUAUAUUCUUAGUCAAUACUAAGGAUGUCAUCAGACCGAAUCUCUCCGUCCGGGAAGGAAUAGAGAUCGUUGUGUCGGGAGGAAUGUCGAUGCCACCGAUUCUGUCUACGGUCGAGACGAGAGGAGCACCAGAUACAAGUAGACGUACAGUGGAAAGAAACUGAUACCAAUUCAUUAGAAAAAAGAGAUUAGAUCCUUUUUUUUUUUGGUUUCACUUUGAUUUCCGGUCUCAGGGUUUGUUUGAUGUUCUGAGUUUAGAUGUCUGAUGAGGGAAGUGUGUAAUAACGUUGUUUGUGUCUUCUCAUGGAAAAUAACCACAGCCGGCAGAUGUAAGGGCUAAGGAUUUAUCGAAUCCUGUCAUAAUAUUAUUAUUUACUCUAGGAGUGAUCAUUUUGUUUGUUGAUUCGGUUAU